GCAGCACACGAUCCAGCAGCUAGCUACACUGCUGCAGCAAGCAGGGGGGUUCUUGUCGAUCAGGAAGUGAAGCAAGCAAGCGCUGGCCAUCGCCAGCAUGGCGAACCCGCCGGUGACGACCCUGACGGCGGCGCUGGCGCUCGGGCUCGCGCUCCUGCUGUGCGCCGCCGCCGGCCCGGCCGCCGCGCAGAACUGCGGCUGCCAGCCGGGCUACUGCUGCAGCAAGUUCGGCUACUGCGGCCACGGCGACCUCUACUGUGGCGAGGGGUGCCGGUCGGGCCCGUGCAACUCGGGAGGUGGUGGCGGCAGCGGCGGCGGGACGAGCGGGAGCGGCGCCGACGUUGGUAGCGUCGUAACCGACGCGUUCUUCAACGGCAUCAAGUCGCAGGCCGGGGGCGGGUGCGAGGGCAGCAGCUUCUACUCGCGCGGCGCGUUCCUGAACGCCGCCGGCGCGUUCUCCGGCUUCGCGCACGGCGGCUCGGCGGACGACGGCAAGCGCGAGAUCGCCGCCUUCUUCGCGCACGUCACCCACGAGACCGGACAUUUCUGCUACAUCAGCGAGAUCAACAAGGGCAACAGCUACUGCGACCCGAGCAACACGCAGUGGCCGUGCGCCGCGGGGAAGAAGUACUACGGACGCGGCCCGCUGCAGAUCUCGUGGAACUACAACUACGGGCCCGCCGGGAGGGACAUCGGCUUCGACGGGCUCGGGAACCCGGACGCGGUGGCGCAGGACCCCGUGAUCGCGUUCAAGACGGCGCUCUGGUUCUGGAUGAACAACGUGCACGGGGUGAUGCCGCAGGGGUUCGGCGCCACCACCAGGGCCAUCAACGGCGCCCUCGAGUGCAACGGGAACAACCCCGCCCAGAUGAACGCGAGGGUGGGCUACUACAGGCAGUACUGCCAGCAGCUCGGCGUCGACCCGGGGAGCAACCUCACCUGCUAGAGGUGUUGCUUGGGUUCAUGGAUGCAUAUAUGCUUAGCUUGGCACUCGAGAAGGAAUAAAUACUUAGUGUUCAUACACUCUUGGGUACUGUCGCCUGUGCUGGAACCCGGAGUGUAACGAGUACACGUACUAAUAAUGUCUGAAUAAUGAAGCAGUUUGUAAAUGCUCAAAGCAGAAAUAAAAAACUUAAGCUAUUAUUAUUGA